GGCGCGGGAGGCGGAAGUGCCUCGGGCCGCCGCCUCCGUCGCGGCUGCGGCCCCUGCCGGUUACAUAACUCGUUGCGGGCUCCGCGCGGCCCCACUUUUAGGCUGCCUGCGAUCCGAGGAUGCGCUGAGCCCCACGACGGCGUCCGCGGCCGCCGGCUCCCGUCAGAGGUGAGGGCCCCAGGCUCGGGCCUCCGGUGUGAAUGACAGAAGUGGUGCCGUCCAGUGCCCUCAGCGAGGUCAGCCUGCGCCUCCUCUGCCACGAUGACAUAGACACUGUGAAGCAUCUCUGCGGCGACUGGUUCCCCAUCGAGUACCCAGACUCAUGGUAUCGUGAUAUCACCUCUAACAAGAAGUUCUUUUCCCUUGCCGCCACCUACCGGGGCGCCAUCGUGGGAAUGAUAGUAGCUGAAAUAAAAAGUAGGACCAAGAUACACAAGGAGGAUGGAGAUAUUCUAGCGUCCAACUUCUCUGUUGACACACAGGUUGCGUACAUCCUGAGUCUGGGAGUGGUGAAGGAGUUCAGGAAGCACGGCAUCGGUUCCCUUUUACUCGAGAGUUUAAAGGACCACAUAUCAACCACUGCCCAGGACCACUGCAAAGCCAUCUACCUGCACGUCCUCACCACCAAUAACACAGCCAUAAACUUCUACGAAAACAGAGACUUUAAGCAGCAUCACUAUCUCCCCUAUUAUUACUCCAUCCGAGGGGUCCUCAAAGAUGGCUUCACCUACGUCCUCUACAUCAAUGGCGGCCACCCUCCCUGGACAAUCCUGGACUACAUUCAGCACCUGGGCUCCGCACUAGCGAACCUGAGCCCCUGCUCCAUCCCGCACAGGAUCUACCGCCAGGCCCACAGCCUGCUCUGCAGCUUCCUGCCAUGGUCCAGCAUCUCCACCAAGGGUGGCAUCGAGUAUAGCCGGACCAUGUGACGCCGGCUGGGCAGCCUCCGUCAGGCCCCACCCUUCGGCACCCCUCAGAACCCGCCUUCCCGGCCGUCUGACUUCUGUCCUCUGCAGAGGAGCUGGUGGCCGCUCGCCGGGCCCGUCGGCCUGCCCCAGCUGUAGGCCCGGUGCUACGCGGGCUCGGAGCAGAGCGUUGCGGGGCACGCCUGGUCUCUGACAGGCUCUUCCAGCUCUCCUUCCUUUUCUGGUAACCCCUGGAAACUGCUGGCUCUGCCUGUGCCCUGGCCCCACUGGGCAGGUGAGGUGCGGCAGCAUCCACUGUGGUCUGUUCCUUCUGCUGCCCCCUUCCCCUCCAAUGCCUGUUCCUUCCAGUUCCUUUCUCCAGAGCCGGAAUGAGCUGAUGGACGGGAAGAACCCAAGUGUUUUGGACAGACCUGACCCUAAAGACAGAGGAGCAUCGGAACAACGAGGGCAUGAAAUAAAGGGAAUGCCAGACCCUUGUCCAAAACCAGCUCACAGAAGCCUGGGGUUCAGGGAGCGGCCCCUGCGUCUUCAUGGAGGGCUGGUGCAUGGUGAGCAGAGCCAGGGAGGCUUUUCCUCCAAGCACAGAGCUCUGGGGCUCAGAACCUGACGUGAGAGCCCAGAUCAUGCAGCGGUUCCCCACAGCUCAGCUGGGAGGUCAGGUCCUCCAGCGGCCUCCUGCUGGGGGCUUGAUACUGGCCCGGAGAGCACGGGGCUGCCCCAGCGAGCUGGGCUGAGGACAGGUCCCCCAAGUCCACGAGCUGCAGCUCGGAAAAGAUGUCUGUCGAGUGGGACCUGGUCUUAGGGGCUGGGGGCUGUUGUGUGCCUUGUGGUCCCUCAGCCGCCCCCCUGGGGGGUUGCUGCCCCGGGGCAAAGACAGGAGAGGCUGUCAGCGCCAGGAGGUGCGCGCAAACAUCGCUUGCUUCUGUCACCCUCACCCCCAUUCCCCAAAGCUGCUUGCCGCAGACCCUGCUCUCCAGAGGAGACAGGGUGGCAGAUCCAGGCCCGGCGUGGCUGCAGUGUCAUGGAGCCAUGGCGGCAGUGUGCCGGCCUGAGAGAAGAAGGGGGAGCAGCCAGGCCAGGGGGCCUCUGGGGCAGUCAUGCCUCCUUCCCUCAGAACUGCACAGUCCGGGGCCACCUCGGCUCACGAGGUAGAGAGGGGUCCUCGAGAUGAGGAGAAACCAUGGGCAGGAGAUGCACACUCCCUCCCUCUACCACCUCGUGACUGGCGGUGCCUCCCUGGGGAGAGGUCCCUGCCUAUGCACUGACCUUGGCUUCAUGCUGAGGCCCAGCUCAGUGUCCUCUGUAAUCUGAAUCAACGGUGAUUGUGUGAUUUUUAUUUCUGCCCGGAGGGGUAAGGGCAGAGUCUUCUGGAAGGUUUUGCCUUGGACUUUCAUAAUUGAACUCAGAGGCCUUGCCCUGCCCCCUCCCACCCUGCCCCCAAUCACUGCAGCGUCCAGCCCAGUGUUGAACAGAUUGUAGUGUUUUUGUCUCAUUACAAACAAAUAAACAGACUUUAAUUGGUUGCAUCA